CUUACUGUCAAGGCCAUUUGUUCUGAGACAUCUAAACUUUUUUGUGCAAGAAAGAAGAAUGAGAGAAAAGGUUGUUGGCAUUGCCUACCUAACUACACUUUCUUAUCUGACCAUGUAAAGUGGCUUCUCAAACACACAGGUGUUUUGAAUUGGGGAGCAAUCCAGGUGCCUUACAGUUUUCUAAAGCUGAAGAACCCUUGGAACAGCAUCUGUGAGGUACUUCUCACAGCAGAGCCCUUGUCUUAACUGGAAUACUGGCAAAAAAAAGGAAAAGGAGCCACUUAUGCUUCAGGAAAAAUGAAUUCUCUAAAAUCUGGUGCUGUACUGCACUCUAUGACUUCACUUCCCUCAGGUUUGUCAGGAGCUCCUUUGAAAUAUUUCCCCAGCUGAUACCUCAUUAACCAGGGGGAAACAAUCUGACUUCAGUUACACUGAGAAAUUCUCUAAAGAGUGCUGAGAAAUCAACUGUGCAAGAGAAGCCUUGUGAACAGCAGCCUAAGCCUUGCUCAGUUAUCUGCAGCAGGAACAGCAAGUUAUACGUGUGGUUAGAUCUGCUUCUUUGUGGUUCUGAGAGUUCAACAUGAAAAAGGUAAAUGAAGUUGUCCGCAUCGCUGAGCACGUGUAGGUGUGUGUAAGGAGAGGAUUAUUUUCUUCUGUCAGGUUUUAUAUCAUGAAGGAAGAACUCCUUGACCUUGCUGGCUCAGCGAGUUUGGAUCCUGAAAUCAUGAGCCAGUGCCCCUUUGCGGGGAAGAAUUACCUAUUUAAUUUUAGCAAGCUAUCUUUGGAAGAUGACAAUGAUGACAAAUCUCAAGAAGGAGUAAAUAAAGCCAGCAAAGGUGGGCUUAUCUAUGGAGAAUACCUACAACUGAACAAAAUAUUGAAUGCUCAAGAACUUGAGAGUGAGAAGAAAGGGAAAAGAAUCCAUGAUGAGCAUCUUUUCAUUGUGACACAUCAAGCAUAUGAACUUUGGUUUAAGCAGAUUUUGUGGGAAAUGGACUCUGUGCGAGAGAUCUUUCAAAAUGGUCAUGUAAGAGAUGAGAGGAACAUGCUGAAGGUUAUUACUCGAAUGAACAGAAUUUCACUGAUUCUGAAAUUACUUGUGGAACAGUUCUCAGUUUUGGAAACUAUGACUGCACUGGACUUCUUUGAUUUCAGAUACUACCUAAGCCCAGCCUCAGGUUUUCAGAGCCUGCAGUUUCGCUUGCUGGAGAACAAGAUUGGUGUUCCCCAAAGCCUGAGAGUCCCUUAUAACAGAAGGCAUUACCGUGAUAACUUCAAGGGACAGGAUCACGAGCUGCUGCUUCAAUCAGAGCAAGAACCAACACUGCUGCAACUUGUGGAGGCAUGGCUGGAACGAACUCCGGGACUUGAUUCAGAAGAAUUUGAUUUCUGGGGACAAUUUGAAGAGAAUGUUUUAAAAGGCCUAGAAGAGGAGUUUGCCUUGAUACAGGCCAAAGCAGAAUCAGAAGAAAAAGAUGACUUAUUGUCUGAAUUCCAAAAACAGAGAGACGUAUUGCUUUCAUUAUUUGAUGAAAAACGCCAUGAACAUCUGCUCAGUAAAGGAGACAGACGGCUGUCCUACAAAGCACUGAAGGGGGCCUUGAUGAUCUACUUUUACAGGGAGGAGCCUCGUUUCCAGGUUCCCUUUCAGCUCCUCACCUCCCUUAUGGAUCUCGAUGUGCUCAUGACUAAAUGGAGAUAUAACCAUGUCUGUUUGGUGCACAGAAUGAUUGGUGGCAAGGCUGGCACUGGAGGCUCAUCAGGCUACCACUACUUGCGCUCAACAGUGAGUGACAGAUACAAGGUGUUUGUGGAUUUGUUCAAUCUUUCAACAUUUCUAGUCCCACGACACUGGAUACCAAAGAUGAACCCCAGCAUUCAUAAAUUCCUUUACACAGCAGAAUACUGUGACAGCUCCUACUUCAGCAGUGAUGACUCUGACUAGCUUGCCUUUCUACACUGUUGCUGUAAAGAACUUCCUGACUUUCACCUUCAGUGGUGUUGCCAGCAAAGAGUGUGGGUGUGUAAAUAUGUAUUUAUGUAUGACAGCUUUGUGAAUAGUACAAUUGGCCUGUGGAAGAAAUUAAUU